GGUCUUGGGCCCCCAGGCGGAGCGACAGGCACCGAGUCACCAGGCACGACAGUGGGCUCCGAGUCAACUGGCAUGACCGCGGGCACUGGGUCAUUUGGCUCGCCAGUGGGCACCGAGUCACCAGGCACGACAGUGGGCUCCGAGUCAACUGGCAUGACCGCGGGCACUGGGUCAGACAUUGGAUCGUCUGGCUGGACAGCGGGCAUCGGGUCACCAGGCAUGACAGCGGGCACUGGGUCAUCAGGCAUUGGGUUGUCUGGCUCGACAGCGGGCAUCGGGUCACCAGGUAUGACAGCGGGCACUGGGUCACCAGGCACCGGAUCGUCUGGAUGGACAGCGGGCACCGGGUCACCAGGUAUGACAGCGGGCACUGGGUCAUCAGGCGUUGAUUGGAUCGUCUGGCUCGACUGCGGGCAUCGGGUCACCAGGCAUGACAGCGGGCACCGGGUCACCAGGCAUGAUAGGAUCAUCAGGCUGGAUCAGUUCAUCAGGCUGGGUACAGACAUCAGGCUGGUACAGACAUCAGGCUGAAGUGCGGGUGCCGAGGCACCAGGCUGAACCACGGAAGGCAGGUUCUCAGAUGGGAGGCUGACCGGUUUGGAUACUGGCAGGAUGGUAUUGGUUGGAAAGAAUUUUCGCUUUUUUCUGGUUUUAACUACUGGAGCACUGCAAGUAAACGCAGGUCUGCAAACGAAUGGAGCAGCUGGAGACAGAGAAGAGCUGGAGGAUGGAACAGGGGAGGGAGCAGUUGCUACAGAGGGCUUCUUUACAGGGUUAAAGGCAGGAUAGGUGCAGAGAGUGGGAACAGGGUACUGACAUGCGGUAGAUAG